CUUCUCCAUUUCUCACUCUUUCUCUCUCUUUAAAACAGGGGGCCUAGUCUUUCCCAUCUUUCACUUUCUCAGCUUGCCAAGUUGCAAAUUCUUGGCCUGAUUGAAACUCUCUCAGAUAAAGAGGAAAUGACAGGCAAAGCAUUUAUGCCAAUUCUGCCUGAGACAAAUAGAGCAUAUUACACAGAGCUGCUUUUGCUGUAAACAACCCCAGAUAGAGAAAUAGACAGAUAGAGAUAGAGAGAGGGAGGGAGAGAGAAAGAAAGAAAGAGAGAGCUCAUCUUCUAUAAUAUCAAUAUCUAUAUCUGUCUUGAUCACAUGGCUUGCAUGAAACUUGAUAGGACUGGAAUCUGAGUCUGGCUAAUCUAGUGAAACAGAUUGAGCAUACCAACUUAAACUUGUUUGUUAAAUUACUUGUAUCCUCUGAGCUCUCUGGCAUGGAGGCUACGGAAAUAUAGGAGGGCCCUUUCUUGUAGUUUCAGUUCCAUUAGAGUUCUUCAUCAGAAAGAGAGACUCUUGUAUUUAUUCAUGGCGGUUUCUUGGUGAUACUUCUCUAAUCAUUUUUAGGUGACAAAUUUUCGAGCUGAGAAUAAUUUUUGUUAUGCUGAGAAAUAGAUGUAGAGCAGUGACCAGCAAGCAAGUAAGCUCUAAUGGCUGAUCACAGCUCUCAACAAUCUCCAAGCUACUACACCACCAAGAUCCCAUCUUUCUUUGGUUCUCCAAGAUUCAGAGCCUUUUUCACAAUUAAAGGUAGCCACCCUGAAACUGACCAAAACCCCAUGAUAAGUCCUACUUCGAUCCUUGACACCAAGUUUUCACUCCCUUUUGGGAACCCUUUUUCCUGUGACAGAAACCAACCCCAGUUAAUCCCAAAAUCUUUACCAGGGAACAAACGCUCUUGGGACAACUCAGAGGCCAAGGGCAUUGGCCUUGCUCUAGUUGACACACUCAUUGAUGAAAAAUCUGAAGUGAAUAGUACUAGUGAUUGUAAGCAAAGUAAUGGGAGUAAGGUCCUGUUUGGAACUAAGCUUAGAGUUCAAAUACCUCCCUAUCCAGCAAAAGGGUCUGCUAAUUCCGGCAUCCAAACAGAGAAUUCUAAUUCGAAUACGAAUUCUCCUCGGGCUUUUUCAGUGACGGAAAUGGAGUUUUCUGAAGACUAUACAUGUGUGAUAUCUCGUGGACCUAAUCCAAGAACAACUCAUAUAUUCGACAACUGCAUUGUUGAAAGCUACUACACCUUAUCGGAUUCAGGCCACUUCUCCAAAUCUGCUCCUGAGAAUUUCCUCAGCUUCUGUCACACAUGCAAGAAGAAUCUUGAGCAGAAUAUUGACAUUUACAUCUACAGGGGUGACAAGGCCUUUUGCAGCCAGGAGUGCCGCUACCAAGAAAUGAUCCUCGAUGAUAACGCUGGAAACCCAGAAUUUUGAUGCUGCAGUGCAAGGACUUGUGCUUUUGAGUUUUUACCCUGUUAGAUCUAAAUUUUUUACCUUUUGCCUUUGGUUUGUCAAGCACCCUCUCACCUGCAUAUAAACAUAAAAGAGAGGUUGAGAUAUUUUAGUAUAUGGUAGAGGUAUGAGUUUUUAUUCAAUUGAUGACUUCUUUGAUUGAGGCCUCUCUAUGUAUAGGCUAUUCCCACAAAGUUUUGGCUCCCAGUAGAUGAUGUAUGAAUGAAACUGAAACUUGCCCAACCUAGCCUGUUGUUUUCGGUUCAUAUAAAUCAUAAACUGUGAAAUGGGGACAGAUCAUUAUUGGCAUU